CUUCAGAGCUUCACAUUUUUGUGGCGAAAACCAGAUGUACUGUGACGUGUGUGGAGCUGAAUCUGAUGCUACCAUUACAUGUGAAAUAAAGCGUCAUCCAGAGGUUUUGAUGCUGCUGCUGAAGAGGUUUGAGUUUGAUUACCAGUACAUGACGUAUGUCAAAAGCAACCUCAAUGUGAAAGUUCCCUUCACCCUUCAGAUACCAGAGAAUCAGACGUAUGAACUGUACGCGGUUGUGGACCAUUUUGGAGAUCUGAGGAGUGGACAUUACACUGCAACAAUCAGAUCUCAAGACGAUGGGACAUGGUACCGCUUUGAUGAUAGAAGGGUCUCAUCGAAUCAACACCAGCCAUUCGAGGUGGAUGACUUUGAGACAUCCUCCAGACCUUAUCUGCUUCUCUACAGGAUGAAGAAGGUGCAAGCUGCUGAUACUUGUACUCAGGGUAUCAGAGAGACGUCUACUGCUGGAGGCGUCCCCCCUGCUACCAAUAAUAUUCCCGACGAUGGCGGUCAGGAAGGGAAACAUGUAGUCAGUCCAGAUGACUUCAGACCUGUUAAACAGGAAGUUGGAGAAAAGAUGAAAGCAGAGGGAGCAAAGCCAUUGACCAGAGUGACCGAGAACAGAGGAGAUGGCCGUGUUAAAAAGUUUCAUCCAUCAAAAGCAACUACUGCACUCAGUGAGGAUACUGUGGAAGGAAGACGUAAUUCAAAGAAGUCAGAAACAUAUCAAGUAAAAAUAACUGAGGAAGAAACUAGAAAUGGUGUUCAAGAAAUGAUUGUGACAAAUAACUUUAGAAUAACAACUUUAGAAGAAAGCUCUGAAGGCAGCAUUAAGAGUUUGGUAGAAUAUGAUGAAGGAAACGCUGAAAUCAAAUGUGAUCCAAACACAGAUGCAAAGGUCACAUUGCCAGAAGGUUUUUUCAAUUUACAAUUGAAUGCCUCGUCUUUGACGGCGUCACAGAAACGCAAAGACAAAAAGGAAAAGAAUGAGAUGGGGAGAAAAAUUCCUUCAAAUGCCGAAAGAAAGCCAAAUGUGUCUGAUGCACAAGAACCUGCUGUUUGGAAAAAACCCGCUGUGAAAGACAGAGCUGAGAAGAGGAGACACUUGAGGCGUCGCUGUUCCCCUCUGAAGAAAAACAAAAAAGACAAAAAGAAAGAAAAGCAGAGUUGCUUGUGUUUGUGUUUUCGCUGAAAAAUCAGAAAACUGCAGACUAGAAAAAGUGAGAUUCUAAAGAAGUUCAGUCUGGUUCAGUUGGAAAUAGAAAGUUAUGAUUUAGAAACUGACUUAAAUAUUAAAAUGUAAGGAAAACAAGAAGAUUCUUUUUUGCUAUGCUAUUAUCCUUGUUUCUUAUCUUUCUGUAAAGUUGUUGAUGUAUAAAUGUCACUGAAUGCAACAUAUCGACUACAGUAAUCUAAGUUGAAUCUCAAAUGAAAUUGUGAGAGACAGUGCAAAGUCAAAUGGAAGUCUUUGUAUGAACAUUUCUUUGGUUCACUUAACUGUUAAAGUGCUACAUUUAUUUAAUUACUGCACUGGCCACUGAUUCAUGUCAUAGUCUUUAGAUUGAUGUUUGUUACUUUGAACAAAACGAUUCUGAUCAUUUGUCGGAUUCUGCAGGUGAUUUAAAUCAAAAAUAGGUAAAAUGAAAAUAAAAAGACCUUAUGAAAUGCAUCCUUACUGAAUGUUUUUUGUGAAAAGUCAGUCAUGAUGGCAGAAAAGAUUUUCCUGUUUUGCC